AUGUCAUCGCGAUUUAUCGAUUGUUACAUUGGUUUACCUGGUAGAAUACAUGAUGCACGAGUUUGUAGAAGCAGUACAAUCUUCCGAAGACUAACCGACCAGAAUAACCCUCUACUUUCCAAAGAUGAACAUCUAAUUGGUGAUUCAGCCUAUCCAUUAAUGCAAAAUUUAUUAACUCCUUUUAGAGAUACCGGACAGCUUACGAGAGCUCAAGUUCACUAUAAUACAAGGUUCAGCUCAAUUCGCUCAAUCAUAGAACGAGCUUUUGGACACUUAACAGGAAAGAUGCGAAGAUUAAAAUAUUUAUACAUAACAGAUUUUGAUUUGGGGAAUAAUAUAAUAGCAGCUGCUUGUGUACUACACAAUUAUAUAAUUGACAAUAAUGAUUUUCAUGAUUGUGAUGUAAUAGACACCGAUGACGAUAUUGAAAUUGAUGAAGUUCUUGUAGUUGAAAAUUAUAAAAUUGAGUUACAAACAGCUACAGAGAAAAGAAAUAAUAUAGUAGCUUUGUUGUAUCGUAAUAUCUGAAAGAUGAAAUUAUACUUACCAUGUUGCACUGAACUUCUAUUUUAGUAUGUUAAAUAAAUCAGAUCAUAUAAAAUUAACAAAGUAUUUAUUAAUAAAUA